AUGUCUCUUCCCAUGCGCAAGAUCGGAAACUCGCUCGUGAGCGCCAUCGGCUACGGUGCCAUGGGUAUCUCUGUCUGCUACGGCCCACCCUUGCCAAGGAGCGCCUUAAGGUGCAACAUCAUCACCAUCUGCCAGAUCCUCGACGCCGUGUAUGAGCGUGGUUGCACUCACUGGGACACGGCCGAUGUGUACGCGGACAGCGAGGACCUUAUUGGAAAAUGGCUCAGCACGCGAAACAAGAGGAGCGAGAUAUUCCUGGCGACGAAGUUCGCGCUGGCCUCUGGUAUCAAGCGCAUUCACUGUGCGCCCGACUACGUUCCACAGGCUUUGGAGAAAUCACUUAAGCGCUUGGGUGUGGAUUACGUCGAUCUAUACUAUGCUCACAGGGCUGAUCCAGAGGUCCCGAUCGAGCUCACCGUCGGUGCGAUGAAAAAACUUGUCGAGGCUGGGAAGGUCAAAUACAUCGGCUUGUCCGAAUGCUCCGCAGAAACCCUCCGUCGCGCGCACGCCGUUCAUCCCAUCGCAGCCGUUCAACUCGAAUACUCUGCGUUCACUUUGGACAUCGAGGACCCGCAGAUCAACUUGCUCAAAACGGCGCGGGAGCUUGGGGUGGCGAUUGUUGCGUACUCUCCACUCGGCCGUGGGAUCUUGAGUGGCAGCAUAACUGGCCCUGAAGGAUUCGCGGACGACGACUUCCGCAAGCACAUCCCCAAGUACCAGAAGGAAAACUUCCCAAACAUAGUGAAGCUCGUCGGGGAUAUCAAGGAAGCCGGGGACAGGCAUGAUGCGACGCCCGGGCAGAUCGCGCUUGCUUGGCUCCUUGCGCAGGGCGACGACAUUCUCCCCAUCCCUGGCACGACGAAGAUCGCCAAUCUGGAUGAGAACCUGGGCGCAGCUCAUAUCAAACUCACUCAAGAGGAGGUGGACGACAUCCGUCGGAUUGCAGUGGCGGCCGAUGGUGCGCGCGGCCUUGGACGGUAUCCUGUGGGGUACAGCGCGAACCUGUUUGGCGACACACCAGCUCUCCCAUAG